UACCUGCGGUCCGUCUACUACGCGAUCGUCGGCAUGUCGACGGUGGGCUACGGCGACAUCAAGCCCGACCCGUCGAACAUGCUCGAGACGAAUUUUUCGAGCUGCAUGAUUUUGUUCGGGGGGUUGCUGCUGCCGGCCAUCGUCGGCGGUCUGGCGUCGCUCAUGGCGGACCUGAACAAGGACAUUCGGGAAUACCGCGCCAAGUUCUCCGAAUUGCGCCUGUCCAUGCAGCGGCAGAAGCUGAACCAGCCCCUUCAGCACGCCCUCCUGCAGUACCACAACUACAUCUGGACGCGCCAGAACGGCGCCGACGAGCUGCUGUCGCUCGCCGCGUCGACGCUGCCGCACACGCUCCGCGCGCGCGUCUGCGUCGCGAUCCGCCUCCCCGUGCUCACGCGGUGCCCCAUCUUCGAGUCGUGCACGGAGGUCAUCAAGCGCGCCAUCGCGCUCUACCUCAUGCCCGAGACCUACAGCGAGGGCGACCUCGUCAUCCAGUUCGGCGACCACGGCGAGGCCAUGCACUUCCUGCUCACGGGCACGGUCCAAGUCGUCGCGGAGAACAACGUGACCAUCUACGCGACCUUGAAGGCGGGCUGCUACUUCGGCGAG